AAUUACAAAGUCACGCAUAUAAAACCUAAACAUCCGCCUCCUAGGGUUUCUGCGUUCUCAUCGUCUUCGGCGCGCUUCAGCAGUAUUCUCACUUCUCUCGUCUGAAGCUGCAACCUGAGAGCCAUGGCAACUGAAGUUGUAGCCGAGCCAAUCCAGCAUUUCCAGGAACCUCACAACGACGUCAAGCUCUUCAACAAGUGGAGCUUCGACGAUGUUCAGGUCAGUGACAUCUCACUUGGAGAUUACAUUGGAGUGGCCCAGUCCAAACAUGCAACAUAUGUGCCUCACACUGCUGGGAGGUACUCAGUGAAACGUUUCAGGAAAGCUCAAUGCCCCAUUGUGGAGAGGCUUACAAACUCACUCAUGAUGCACGGGAGAAACAACGGGAAGAAGUUGAUGGCUGUUAGGAUUGUUAGGCAUGCAAUGGAAAUCAUCCAUUUGCUUACUGAUCUGAACCCCAUUCAAGUUAUUGUUGAUGCUGUUGUUAACAGUGGUCCACGUGAAGAUGCUACUCGUAUUGGGUCUGCCGGAGUUGUUAGGCGUCAGGCUGUGGAUAUCUCACCUCUGAGACGGGUGAACCAGGCUAUCUAUCUCAUCACAACUGGUGCUCGUGAGUCUGCUUUCAGGAACAUCAAAACCAUUGCUGAAUGCUUGGCCGAUGAGCUUAUUAAUGCUGCCAAAGGUUCCUCUAACAGUUAUGCUAUCAAGAAGAAGGAUGAGAUUGAAAGGGUUGCCAAGGCCAAUCGUUAAGGUGUUGUGGAAGCUUCUGGUACCGAAGACUAUAAUCUAAAAGCAAAGUGGGUGUUAUGUAUCAAAGGACAAAAUUGGUUUUGUUUAUCUUUUUGUAAUGACCGUAUGCUAGCUCCAAUUUCGGAUGUGUACUGUUUUGUUUCGUGAAGACAUGAUCUAGGCUUUGUUUCUUUUGUUCUUUUUCUUUGCUUCUAGUAUGUUAUCAAACUAUGUUUGGAAUUAAGAGAAGACAGGUGACAACUUAGAAUUUUUA